GGAAUAAAUCUCGUUCGAACUGACUAAACAACAAAACCGGUCUUUGCUUCAAUUCAUAUGACAGAAAACUUCGUGACGAUGAAAAUUUUUCCUCUGUACACCCUCCUGCUGUUAACAGAAAAGCUGAAUUUUGCUACUGCCGAGGGUGGUUGCGGAUUUUGUGAGGGUGGAAGCCUGAGCAACCCAGAUGCACUAAUUGCUCUAACCUCUCCCUUUCAGGUUCACAGUUGUUUCGAAUGGCAGCAGCAAAGCAGUCUGACCGAACAAUUCUCCGAAGAUGCAUGCAACUUUAUUGGUCCGUUUUAUGAAGCCAUCUGCGGGUGCUCCGAUAUCCCACAAACCUUCGACCAAUGUGAUCUCUGCGGAUCUCCAGAAAAGGUCUUCAGCAACCCUUCAAAGGGUCUUCUGAUUCCAAAGUCAAACUCUGAAGAAAUACUUUGUAGUGCUGUCUACAAUGGUGUUCGAUUGGGAGCUGUCCCUCCUAAUGACUGCCAAGUUCUUAGAGGCAUUACCAACUUUUGUGGGGGAUGCAUACCCGGGCCUACAACAGGGCUGGAAGAAACAGAUCGCGUCUCCACUUUACCACCUAGCAUCGAAGCAUUCGUUUCCAAUGUUGAAAGUCCAGAACCGACUGCAUCUCCCACUAAUGCCCCAUCUGCGGGGCCCACGACGGAGCCAACGAGCGCCCCCACUGGCGUUGCUUCAGCCGAACCAUCUUAUUUGGCAACAACGAAUUCUUCAUCUGCUGUCACGGAAAUAUCAGGGAGGCGCCAAAUUGAUCCACCAACAAUAGAGAACUUUGUAAAUCUGUCCGAAAUACCCGUAACUUGCGACCUUUGUCCUUCUACYGGUAUCGUAUCCACACCUGACAAGUUAAUYACCAUGAUCAAGAGUGAUAACAAGAUUGUCAGCAAAACAUGCGGUGCACUAUUGUGGGAUGUUCGAGCAGGACRYGACCAUAUCGACGAAACGGCAUGUUCAUUUCUUCAACCUUUUUUUGGAGCAGUUUGUGGGUGUAGUACUUUCACUCCGUUAAACGACGAGGAAGCGCAGACGGAUACAAAGAAAACAACWAACAUUGAAACUAACCAGUGUAAAAUGUGCGAAAACCCUGCUCAUGCGUUUCAGAAACCCUAUAAUACAUUGCAAAUCCCAGGAUCCAAAACCACCGAGAUUACAUGCGGAGGUUUGUUUUCUGGAGCCAUGAAGGGUGCUGUCAGUGGCGAAGAAUGCGAGAUCUUGUCGAGUCUUGCAUACACUUGUGGAGGGUGUGGCACAUUUCAAUCCAGAUUUUAUGAAGAGGCAACGCCUGAAGAACAAGUAAGUCUGUUCCAAGCUAUAAUACAGAAAGAACGAGUCGUAUUUCAAGUAAACUGUAUGCGAUAAUUUCAUUGCUGUUCUCAAUMUUCUUUCCUCAUGUAAUUUUAUUCACUUUAACAAAUCAAAAGUGCAUCGAUUGUUUCGACGACAACGAAAGCUCGAUGUAUAUCUACAAAGAUUUUGGUGCUUCUGGUACAACAUUUCAUAAAGCCUUUUCCGCGCCACUUCAUUGUGAUAAGAAGAAURAAAAGCAACCUGGUCGCUCCAAAAACGAUAAUUGUAGUAAACUUCUUUAUCCCGAGCUAGAAGGGUGUGUCUUGGCGCCAAUCACUUCAUUCGACGAUUUGCUAACAAUUCAAUCUAUUAUUCCCCCUGGAAAGGCUGCUUACACGGCAGUUCACAAAGAUGGAGCAGUACUAAAAGAAGAUGCUGAAACCUGUUACACAAGCACUGAAAAUGAUCUCGAUUCCGUUCAAAUAUCUCGUAAUCGUGUCUCUGAACGUUUGUCAAGYGAAAACUGCCGCGUGGAAAAUUGGAUGGAGGGGCUUGAGUUUGGCUACAGUCAUGAYCAAUACGAAAACAGUGGAGAAUCAACAAGAUCAUCCAGCGCUAUCAAUGGAGCCCUAAACACAUGUGAAUUAUUGAAAAUGGGAUGGGCYAAUUAUAACACGGGCACGAAUGUACCUAGCAGUACGUGGGAAAACGGUCAACUCUCUUAUUGCAAUCUAGGACCAGUUCAAGAAGUUGGUGCUGUUUGGGCUGUCGAACCAGAGGGACAAAAUUACGGCGAUUUGAGAGACGUCAGUAGGAACUGGCUUUUGCCCGGAGCAGUUUACAAAUGUUGCAAGAAAAUAUACAGCUGUUUUGGAGAAAAGGAUUGAGAAAGAUGGGCAGGUUUCAACCUAAAAURACAGCAUACUCGUKCAUACUUCGGCUUCUAAUUUAUGGAGUCACACAUUACGCCAAAACGAAAUGUCAAUCAUUACACCGUGCAAGCUGCUGWUUAAUGCAGAAAAGCAUAAAGUUGAUAGAAUAGU